AUGAUGGCCAUGCAUGGUACCGAAGUUUCUUACAGAGUAUGUUGCAUUUUUAGUUCAAAUUAACUUUGACAUAAAAACUGAUAUUACUGUUGUAUCAAAUUUCACGUCUUGUUGUUUUGUGCACUUUGAUUUAAAUUUAUGUUGAAUUGGAUUACUUAUAUCUAGUUUGUAAACUAGAUGUAAACGUAGUGUAACACAUUAAUUUCACUGUUUAGACUGUAAACUUGGACAAAGACGAGAAUAUUGAGGAUGAAGGACAACAACUCGUCGCCGAAUACAAGGAAACGGUCGAACAAUUCCGAUGCUUCUUUCGGGAAUUCUUCAUUGAGAGUUUUGGAAUGCAUUACAGGUAUGUAUAUCUAUCUUUCGCUGAGUUCUGGUGUUUAGAGAUCGUCUGAAGCAGAAUUAUACUCUUCACAAGUACAUGAUCGAUAUUUCCUUUGAUGAUCUAAAGACUUUCAACGAGGAGCUAGCGAUGAAGUAUCAGAAGCAACCUAGCAAGUAUCAAGUUUCAGUAAGUUAAAUGUUGUGGCUUUUUUUAAAGUUAUGAACUAAAGUAUACUUCUACUUGUAUAAGUUUUGUUUUAGAUAUAAUUUUAUGUAAAUUUGGAAAGAAAAUGUUUUUAAACGGUAUUGUAUGACUUAAUUUUGCUUUUUUAGCUUGAAGCAGCAGCUAGGGAUGUUGUUGAUGCCUUGACUCAUCCUCGACCCGAAGGACAAGACAAUGUUGAAGAUAUCCAAGUCAUUGUUAAUAUGGAUGGAGCACCGACAAGUAUUCGUCGUAUCAAAUCAAGUGAUGUUUCCCAUUUGGUCAAAGUGUCUGGAAUCGUGAUUGCCGCUUCACAAGUCCGGUCUCGUGCUGUCAAGGUUACUUUGGAAUGUCGUACUUGCCACCAUGUUAUCACUGAUAUUAAGGUCGAGCGAGGUUUGGAAGGGUUCCAACUUCCUCGAACUUGUCGCGGAUCUCAAGGAACUCAAGCUCAACGAUGUCCCAUGGAUCCUUACCACAUUAUGCCUGAUAAGAGUGUUUGUGUUGACUAUCAGACAUUGAAGCUGCAAGAGAACCCAGAAGAUGUACCUCAAGGAGAAAUGCCAAGACACAUGCAACUCUAUGUGGAUAGGUAUCUGACUGAUAACGUGACACCUGGAAAUCGUGUGGAAGUGACUGGAAUCUUCUCUAUCAAGAAGUUGUUUAACAAACAGGUAAGUUCUUAGCUUAAAAGAUCAGUUUUUUGACUGUAUAUUGAGUAGUGUUUAACUGAUUUUAUUUUAUUGUUUGAUGAUUUUAGGGCCAAAAAGGAGUAGACAAGUCUAUGUCAUUGAUUAGAACUCCAUACCUGCGAGUUCUUGGUGUUAAAGUUCAGAACAAUGGGCCAGGAAGAAGUGACAAUCCCAUCUUUAGUCCAGAAGAAGAACGAGAGUUCCAGUAAGUUUUGUAUUGUUAUGGAUAACUUGAUUCUGAAACAUUUAUUAUACUAUUUUAUGUAUUAAUAUUAUAUUAACCAUGUAUCAAGCUCUAUAAUAAUACAAUUUCAGAGAGUUUGCAAAGCAAGGAGACGUCUACAAGAAGAUCUCUAAGAGUAUUGCUCCUUCAAUCUUCGGAUCUGAUGAUAUUAAGGCGUCAAUUGCCUGUAUGUUGUUUGGAGGAUCUAGGAAGAGAUUGCCAGAUGGAUUGACAAGAAGAGGAGAUAUCAAUGUUCUUCUGUUGGGAGAUCCAGGUACCGCCAAGUCUCAGCUGUUGAAGUUUGUGGAGAAAGUAGCGCCAAUUGCAGUUUAUACGUCAGGAAAGGGAAGUAGUGCUGCUGGUUUGACCGCUUCUGUCAUGAGGGACCAACAUUCGGUAGGUUAACUGUUGAUAUGUAGUCUAUGCGCAAGGCAUAAUCUUCGAUUUCAUAGUUUAUGCAAGUAAACUGUACUGAUUAUGUUUGUAUUUCAGAGAAGUUUCAUUUUGGAAGGUGGUGCUAUGGUCUUGGCCGAUGGUGGUGUCGUAUGUAUCGAUGAAUUCGACAAGAUGAGAGAAGACGAUCGUGUAGCCAUUCAUGAAGCAAUGGAACAACAGACCAUCUCCAUUGCCAAGGCUGGUAUCACUACCACCUUGAACUCAAGAUGCUCGGUGUUAGCCGCUGCCAAUUCGGUCUUUGGACGAUGGGAUGACAGUAAGGGCGAUGAGAAUAUUGACUUUAUGCCAACCAUUUUGUCUCGUUUCGACACUAUCUUUGUCGUCAAGGAUGUUCACGACAGUUUGAGGGAUGCGGUGGGUUAUCGUAAUGAUAUUCCUAUUUAAGCUAGUUAAUUUUUAAAGCGAAUGCAAAAUUUUGCGUUACCCUUUAUAAUUUUGAAGUUGCCUAAAGUUCAUACCUAUAUUUUAGACCCUGGCCAAGCACGUUGUUGCCGUCCACAUGAACGCUGAACACGAAACUCGUGAAAACCCAGAUGAACUAUCGCUCGACUUCUUGAAACGCUACAUUUACUAUGCUCGUGCCACUUGUGCUCCACGCCUUUCGGAAGAAGCAGCCCAGAAACUGAACAAACAUUACGUUCAGAUCAGAAACCCUCCAGAAGAUGUCCAAGCCAAAAGCAAUGUCAUCCCCAUCACCGUCAGACAGCUCGAAGCCAUCGUCAGAUUGAGUGAAUCCUUGGCCAAGAUGGAGCUAUUGCCAUUUGCUGAUGUCAGACACGUUGACGAAGCUUUGAGACUCUUCAAUGUCUCCACCAUCGCUGCUGCCGCUGCCGGUCACUUGGCUGGAGCUGAGGGAUUCACGAACAAAGCUGACGGUGAAACCUUCGCCAGAGUCGAGAAGCAGCUGAAGAAGCACUUCUUGGUCGGAACUCACGUAUCAGAACACAUGAUCGUACAGGAGUUUGUGAGACAAAGCUACUCCGAGUCGGUCAUCAAACGGGUCAUCGAGUACUUGGUGAAGAGGGGCGAACUCCAAUACAGAAUGCAAAGAAGACUACUGUACCGCAUCAAGUAA